AUGUCUAAAAAAUUAAAAAAAUCAAGUUCUUUGAUAAAAUCAUCAUCCCCUUCUAUUCCUUAUAAUACUUUAACUAUUACUGUAAGCUCACGUUGGAAGAAUAUCGUAUUUCCAGAGCUAUACGGGAUUCUUAAACCUGGUGGAUAUGUAAAUACCACGGAUAGUUCUCUUGAAGAGACACAUCAUCUUCGAGUGCUAAAAAAAUCAUGUCGGAGGUUUGAUAGAAAUAUGAUUGCUGAGCGUCUCAACAUAAACCAAACUUUUAUAGUUUUUAUUUAUCACAAUAAUAUGCGUUUAACAACCAUACAAGAAUUGGUCGUGUUCGAAGAUGGUUCUCCACUAUAUCGUCAAAUAUAUGAGUUAUUGUUUAUGGUCGUCCAAAGUAUGCGAUUACCGAACAUACAAGAAUCGGGGGAUGGUCCUCCACUGUAUUUACAAAUAUAUGACCUGGUGUCUAUGGUGGAGAAUAUAACAACAACUUGUCAACCGACUAUACACGAAUUGGUCGUCUUUGAGGAUGGUUAUUCAAAGGUAGCAAUGUAUAACGUUGGAAAUUUUGCUUGUGGUGGGGCUAUUGAAAAAGAAGGUGGAUUUAUACGACGUUGGGCAUGGGCAUGUUUGGAAUAUGGUGAAAAAAGGGCACUACCAACACCAUCGUUUGAUGUUGAUGGUGGUAUACUCUGGAUUGGAAAAUUUAUGUCAAUUGAAUUUGUGAACGUGAUUUCUUUAAAUAUUGACCCAAUUACAUGUCCUAAAUUAAGUUCGGAGAUUAAAGGUAAUGUUGAAAGUAAAGCGGAAUUCAAGGAAUGUUUUAUUCAAACCUACUUUGAAAUACUGUACAUGCGCGUGAUAAUCGAAG